AUGGAGAGUCGGGUGAUAGAUCUUGAUCCAUACGAAGGUUGGAGCAGUACAUCGUCGACAGCAGAGCAUGCUUUACCCCGCGUCUCACUUCCCAUGGCCAUUCCAAGACCGAAUAACGGAAUCAGCUCUGAGCUUGCCGUCAUAAAGCAAGAGCAACGAGAGGCUGGCUCUGCCAUGUGGUCACCCUCUGGGUUCUUGACCGUCAGCUCCUCGCGGUCCUCGAAGUCCCCUCAGUCCCCUCAGUCCUCCCAGUCGUCAUGCCCGAUGGAUGAAACCACACCAGGGAGUUCUCAAGAGAAACCAAUCGAUCUCACGGCAAUUGGACCGCUGAUCAUCGAUCUCACCGAUGAGGUUCAAGCUAAUACACGGAUGGUAGCUGCAUUUGCUGACACGGCACAGGUGUCGGAGAUCAGGCAGCAAACCUCACGAUUGACUCUAGGACCGCAAGUUCAUGAGAGCAUCUCAUCUUCCCCGGCCGUCGUAAAUGGUGUCGUCUAUGGACCAGGAUCAUCGGUGGAACUUCACGAUGGGACCUUCCUCUACAUUGAGCAUGUGGAGCAACGCGGAGGUGAAUACUUCUUCCAUGGCCGUCACCUAGUAUUGUCAACCAGUGGAGGCAUAGGUGACUAUUUCCCCAAGAUAGAGGGCGAAGCUAUCUGGCUGUACCACAACACGGAUUUGUGCGCUUUCGACCAAAUCAAGUGCUUUCGUCGGAUCCGCUUCAGCAACCUUCGACGUGAUAAGGACCCUGAAGUCAUUUGGCCCAGCGAAGGCCAGCGUGGAGAUGACCUAGCAUGUCGAUUGAAGUUCACGCUCAAGUUUCGCCCGAUAUUGCCCCAUCACAACAGUCGGAUACGAGCAGGCUUAGAGGACCAGGAAUUUGCCGUCGAAUACCUGACAUUUGACGAGGCAACAGUCCAAAGUAAGUAUCGGCGUACUGCCAAAGAGCUCCGCGACGAGUGGCGUGGUUUCAACCAAACUAUUCCAUUUGGCUCAGCUGUACUCGCAGGUAGAUCUGGACCCUUGGUGAUUGAUCUGGCAAAUCCCGUUGCUCGAAGCUGGAAUGUCUGUGAUUCCGAUCCCCGUCGCACAUACACCUUUGGCGAUGCGUACUGCGGUGCAGGAGGCACCUCCUGUGGCGCCCAGAAAGCCGGGUUAGCCUUGACCUGGGCUGUCGAUAUGGAUACCAAUGCCUGCCAGACUUAUCGACAGAACUUUCCGCAGUCCCUGGUGGAGAAUUCAUCGAUAGACCAAUUCUUAACGCAAGAUCCGUCGGAGCUGCGAGUAGAUAUCAUUCAUACAUCGCCUCCCUGUCAGCCAUUUUCGCCGGCGCACACUGUCCACAAUCAGACGCGAGAUGAGAGAAAUUCAGCAUGCAUUUUCACCUCGCUCAAUUUAAUCGAGAAAGCUCGCCCACGAGUGAUCACCAUGGAAGAGACAUUUGGAUUGCGUGGUCGACAUCCUGCCAUCUUCAAUCGGUUGAUUAUGGACUUUAUCGAGAUGGGAUAUUCUGUUCGCUGGACUGUAGUGGACUGCAUCAAUUAUGGAGUGCCGCAGAUCCGUCGUCGGUUGAUCAUUAUUGCUUCGGGUCCCGGAGAGACUCUUCCAAACAUAGCAUCGCCCACUCAUGGUCCUUUCGGGACAGGACUUGAGCCAUUUGAAACAAUUCACGGUGCGAUCAGUGGCAUACCUUCAGGAUCUAAUGAUCAUAACGUCUCCGCUCUCCUAGAGCGAAGCAAGAAUAGUUUUCGCGAAGCAUUCAGCCCUCACCAACCCGCAAAAACCAUCACGUGCAGCGGCGGUGAGGCCAACUAUCACCCCUCGGGAAAACGAGCCUACACGCCUCGUGAGGUGGCAUGCCUGCAGACAUUUCCCCUAGAGUUCCAGCUGUGUGGUCGUAGCAUCCGCAGACAAAUUGGCAACGCUGUCCCUCCUCGGCUUGCCGAAGCCAUUUUCCGAGAGAUCCACAAAUCAUUGCAGCGAACAGAUGCACAGAUGUGA